AUGGUGCAUCCAGUGAACGCAAACACGAUCAACCAGAACGUCCUGACCGCGGAAUACGCGGUCAGAGGCCCCAUCGUGGUGAGAGCCGGCGAACUCGCUUUACAGUUGAAGAAAGACCCGUCUUCGUUGCCGUUUGAAGAUAUCGUCCUGUGCAACAUCGGGAACCCGCAAUCGCUCGGGCAAAAACCAAUCACGUUUUAUCGUCAAAUCAUGGCCAUUUGCGAUUACCCAGAUUUGUUAGACUCGCCGGAGUGCUCGAAGAUUUUUCCGGAAGAUGUCAUCGCGAGAUCGAAGGAGGUUUUAGCGAACACGGCUGGAGGGACGGGGGCGUACACGGAGUCGAAAGGGUUGAAGUACGUGAGAGAGCAAAUCGCGACGUUUUUGGAGAAGAGAGACGGACACAAAGCCGAUCCGGAGAUGAUUUAUACUUUGGAUGGAGCUUCCUCUGGGGUGAAUUACAUGUUAACGUUACUCAUUCGUGGGAAGCAAGACGCGAUGUUGGUGCCGAUUCCGCAGUAUCCUUUGUAUUCCGCCGGGUUGGCGUUGUACGGCGGAACCUUGUGCCCGUAUUAUUUGAAAGAGGAGAAUAACUGGGGGUUGGACGUGAACGAAAUGCGUAAAGAGGUUCAAAAAGCCAAGAAAGACGGGGUUGAAGUCAGAGCGUUGGUGGUGAUCAAUCCCGGGAAUCCAACUGGGAACAGCUUGUCGUUGGAGAACCAACAAGAAGUUGUGAAAUUUUGCGCUGAGGAGAAUUUGAUUUUGUUGUCCGACGAAGUGUAUCAAGAUAACAUUUACGUGGAGGGUAAAUCAUUCGUCAGCAUGAAGAAAGUCGUGGCGGAUAUGGGAUACGGGGAUAAAGUCGCACUCGCAUCGUUGCAGUCCACCUCGAAAGGUUUCUACGGCGAGUGCGGGAAGAGAGGCGGAUUUAUGGAACUCUACGGCGCCUGGGACCAAGGCGUGUUGGAUCAGUUGUUAAAGUUGGCGAGUAUCAACUUGUGCCCGAACGUGAGUGGACAGAUCUUGAUUGGCCAAGUGUGCACGCCUCCGGUCGAGGGCGAUGCAUCGUACGCGUUGUACGAGAAGGAGAAGGCGGACAUUUUGGCGAGUUUGAAAAGACGCUCGGGGAAGUUGGUUGACGGUUUGAACAAGUUGACCGGCGUGACGUGUAACAACAGCGACGGGGCGAUGUACGCGUUUCCGAAUUUAACUUUUCCGGAGAAGUUUCUCAAAGACUGCGAAGGUAAAGGAAAGAUGGCAGAUGCCGUGUAUUGCAUGAGUAUCUUGGAAGAAACCGGUAUUGUCGUCGUUCCUGGGUCUGGAUUUGGCCAAGCCGACGGGACGUGGCACUUCCGAACGACGUUUUUGCCCGGGGAGGAUAAAAUCGAUGCCGUCGUCGAAAGAUUGAGCGCGUUCCACGAGAAUUUCAUGAAAAAGUGGAUGUAA